CUUGUAUCUAUGCUAAUCAACACAUCAUAAUUCAAUCAUUUUUCUGGUUUUUCUUUAGACAUUGUUCUUUUUUUGGCUCACUACCUGAUCCUACAUUUUAAAAUCACUCGCCGAAUCACUGGUGAUGGUUAAAAAAUCAAGACAGCAUUCAUCCUCCUACCGCCAUGCUUCCUUAUGCGUUGCCAUAUCUUUUCUUUCCAGAAGUCCUCCCUUCAUCUCCUGGGUCAGCCGGCCGCGUGGAUGAAACCCCUCCUCACACCACUGAGUAUCAUGUAUACCACAAAUAUCCUGGACUUGACUUGACUAUGACGACUCAUGAGCUGCGACCGGCUACCCAUGCGAUGGACGGAGCUCCGCCGCCCGUCCUGACCCCGGACGCUAGAAGGUGGGAUGCUCAUCAUCUGCGUGAGACUUCUGAGACUGCGACCGGAGCCCCGCCGCCCGUCCCGACCUCUGACGCUGGAAGGUGGGAUGCUCUUCAUCUGCGUGAGACUUCUGAGACUGCGACCGGAGCCCCGCCGCCCGUCCCGACCCCGGACGCUGGAAGGUGGGAUGCUCUUCAUCUGCGUGAGACUUCUGAGACUGCGACCGGAGCCCCGCCGCCCGUCCCGACCCCGGACGCUAGAAGGUGGGAUGCUCUUCAUCUGCGUGAGACUUCUGAGACUGCGACCGGAGGCCCGCCGCCCGUCCCGACCCCGGACGCUAGAAGGUGGGAUGCUCUUCAUCUGCGUGAGACUUCUGAGACUGCGACCGGAGCCCCGCCGCCCGUCCCGACCCCGGACGCUGGAAGGUGGGAUGCUCUUCAUCUGCGUGAGACUUCUGAGACUGCGGCCAGAGCCCCGCCGCCCGUCCCGACCCCGGACGCUAGAAGGUGGGAUGCUCUUCAUCUGCGUGAGACUUCUGAGACUGCGACCGGAGGCCCGCCGCCCGUCCCGACCCCGGACGCUGGAAGGUGGGAUGCUCUUCAUCUGCGUGAGACUUCUGAGACUGCGGCCAGAGCCCCGCCGCCCGUCCCGACCCCGGACGCUAGAAGGUGGGAUGCUCUUCAUCUGCGUGAGACUUCUGAGACUGCGACCGGAGGCCCGCCGCCCGUCCCGACCCCGGACGCUAGAAGGUGGGAUGCUCUUCAUCUGCGUGAGACUUCUGAGACUGCGACCGGAGCCCCGCCGCCCGUCCCGACCCCGGACGCUGGAAGGUGGGAUGCUCAUCAUCUGCGUGAGACUUCUGAGACUGCGGCCAGAGCCCCGCCGCCCGUCCCGACCUCUGACGCUGGAAGGUGGGAUGCUCUUCAUCUGCGUGAGACUUCUGAGACUGCGACCGGAGCCCCGCCGCCCGUCCCGACCCCGGACGCUGGAAGGUGGGAUGCUCUUCAUCUGCGUGAGACUUCUGAGACUGCGACCGGAGGCCCGCCGCCCGUCCCGACCCCGGACGCUAGAAGGUGGGAUGCUCUUCAUCUGCGUGAGACUUCUGAGACUGCGACCGGAGCCCCGCCGCCCGUCCCGACCCCGGACGCUGGAAGGUGGGAUGCUCUUCAUCUGCGUGAGACUUCUGAGACUGCGGCCAGAGCCCCGCCGCCCGUCCCGACCCCGGACGCUAGAAGGUGGGAUGCUCUUCAUCUGCGUGAGACUUCUGAGACUGCGACCGGAGGCCCGCCGCCCGUCCCGACCCCGGACGCUGGAAGGUGGGAUGCUCUUCAUCUGCGUGAGACUUCUGAGACUGCGGCCAGAGCCCCGCCGCCCGUCCCGACCCCGGACGCUAGAAGGUGGGAUGCUCUUCAUCUGCGUGAGACUUCUGAGACUGCGACCGGAGGCCCGCCGCCCGUCCCGACCCCGGACGCUAGAAGGUGGGAUGCUCUUCAUCUGCGUGAGACUUCUGAGACUGCGACCGGAGGCCCGCCGCCCGUCCCGACCCCGGACGCUGGAAGGUGGGAUGCUCUUCAUCUGCGUGAGACUUCUGAGACUGCGACCGGAGGCCCGCCGCCCGUCCCGACCCCGGACGCUAGAAGGUUGGAUGCUCAUCAUCUGCGUGAGACUUCUGAGACUGCGGCCAGAGCCCCGCCGCCCGUCCCGACCUCUGACGCUAGAACGUGGGAUGCUCAUCUGCGUGAGACUUCUGAGACUGCGGCCAGAGCCCCACCGCCCGUCCCGACCUCUGACGCUGGAAGGUGGGAUGCUCUUCUGCGUGAGACUUCUGAGACUGCGACCGGAGCCCCGCCGCCCGUCCCGACCCCGGACGCUGGAAGGUGGGAUGCUCUUCAUCUGCGUGAGACUUCUGAGACUGCGACCGGAGGCCCGCCGCCCGUCCCGACCCCGGACGCUAGAAGGUUGGAUGCUCAUCAUCUGCGUGAGACUUCUGAGACUGCGGCCAGAGCCCCGCCGCCCGUCCCGACCUCUGACGCUAGAACGUGGGAUGCUCAUCUGCGUGAGACUUCUGAGACUGCGGCCAGAGCCCCGCCGCCCGUCCCGACCCCGGUCGCUGGAAGGUGGGAUGCUCUUCAUCUGCGUGAGACUUCUGAGACUGCGACCGGAGCCCCGCCGCCCGUCCCGACCUCUGACGCUAGAACGUGGGAUGCUCAUCUGCGUGAGACUUCUGAGACUGCGGCCAGAGCCCCGCCGCCCGUCCCGACCUCUGACGCUGGAAGGUGGGAUGCUCUUCAUCUGCGUAAGACUUCUGAGACUGCGACCGGAGGCCCGCCGCCCGUCCCGACCCCGGACGCUGGAAGAUGGGAUGUUCUUCAUCUGCGUGAGACUUCUGAGACUGCGACCGGAGGCCCGCCGCCCGUCCCGACCCCGGACGCUAGAAGGUGGGAUGCUCUUCAUCUGCGUGAGACUUCUGAGACUGCGACCGGAGCCCCGCCGCCCGUCCCGACCCCGGACGCUGGAAGGUGGGAUGCUCUUUAUCUGCGUGAGACUUCUGAGACUGCGACCGGAGCCCCGCCGCCCGUCCCGACCUCUGACGCUAGAACGUGGGAUGCUCAUCUGCGUGAGACUUCUGAGACUGCGGCCAGAGCCCCGCCGCCCGUCCCGACCUCUGACGCUGGAAGGUGGGAUGCUCUUCAUCUGCGUAAGACUUCUGAGACUGCGACCGGAGCCCCACCGCCCGUCCCGACCUCUGACGCUGGAAGGUGGGAUGCUCAUCAUCUGCGUGAGACUUCUGAGACUGCGACCGGAGCCCCGCAGCCCGUCCCGACCCCGGACGCUGGAAGGUGGGAUGCUCUUCAUCUGCGUGAGACUUCUGAGACUGCGACCGGAGGCCCGCCGCCCGUCCCGACCCCGGACGCUAGAAGGUGGGAUGCUCUUCAUCUGCGUGAGACUUCUGAGACUGCGGCCAGAGCCCCGCCGCCCGUCCCGACCCCGGACGCUGGAAGGUGGGAUGCUCUUCAUCUGCGUGAGACUUCUGAGACUGCGGCCAGAGCCCCGCCGCCCGUCCCGACCCCGGACGCUAGAAGGUGGGAUGCUCUUCAUCUGCGUGAGACUUCUGAGACUGCGGCCAGAGCCCCGCCGCCCGUCCCGACCCCGGACGCUGGAAGGUGGGAUGUUCUUCAUCUGCGUGAGACUUCUGAGACUGCGACCGGAGGCCCGCCGCCCGUCCCGACCCCGGACGCUAGAAGGUGGGAUGCUCUUCAUCUGCGUGAGACUUCUGAGACUGCGACCGGAGCCCCGCCGCCCGUCCCGACCCCGGACGCUGGAAGGUGGGAUGCUCUUUAUCUGCGUGAGACUUCUGAGACUGCGACCGGAGGCCCGCCGCCCGUCCCGACCGCGGACGCUAGAAGGUGGGGUGCUCAUCAUCUGCGUGAGACUUCUGAGACUGCGGCCAGAGCCCCGCCGCCCGUCCCGACCUCUGAAGCGGGAAGGCGGGCUGAUGCCCGUCAUCUGCGUGCGACUUCCGAGACUGCGGCUGGAGGCCUGCCGCCCGUCCCGACCCCGGACGCUAGAAGAUGGGAUGCUCUUCAUCUGUGUACAACUACUGGGGCGACGGUUGGAGCCCCGUCUCGUGUUUCCCCACCUACCUCUGAGACGGGAGUUUGUGGGUCAGUAAAAACCUCUUAUUCAACAGCACUGCCAACUGAACUGAUCGACAUGACGCCGUUCUCUGCAAGCGAGUACGACCUUAUGUCACCCACCUGCUCUACUUCGAGGGCUUCAGUCCAGGAUGCAGGGGACCAUGGCACAUGGACUUUUCCUGAGCACUUGAUGUGCAAUCAAACAGAGAUCACGGCUCCCGAGAACCACCAUUUGGAGGAGAACGAAUACGGAGAACAGGGAGCUGAGUCUGAUGUCAGCGACGGUGUUGAGGUGGCUCCGCCCCAGCACAGUUCUCAGUCGCGUACAUCUCAGUCGGCGAGGAACGGCGCAUCGUGCGGCGAAGUGCGGAAAAAAAAUGUUUGCAUAUAUUGCAAGCAAAAGAGAAAUCUGAUAUGGCGCCAUAUCAAGACGGUCCACCGUGACGAGAAGGAAGUCAAGGAUAUCCAGGAGUGUGAUUCUGAGCAGGAACGAAAAAUGAAAAUCACCGUGAUGAUCAACAAAGGCAACAUGGAGCACAACAAACUCGUCCUACAAAGGGGUGAAGGUGACAUGAUCUUGGGAAGGAAGUCGGACCAGGCGUCCGUGGACGACUACGUGCCAUGUCCUUACUGCUAUCUUUUUGUGGUUAAAACCAACAUGAUGCAGCACAUAAAACAUCACUGUGUGGCUCGCAAAACAGAAUGCCCAGACAUUCCCACGGUGCUGGCAGAGAGCCGGACGCUCCUGAGUGACGGCCAAGAAGAAAAUACUGGGUAUCACAAGGACAUAUUGUCUCGUAUGCACGACGAUGCAGUUACGAAGACCAUAAAGAACGAUGAACUCCUGAAGAAGUGGGGUGCCAACUUGCACGCGAAACUUGGAAGGUCGGGUUUUGCGCAGAUAAGCCAGCGCCUAAGGAUGAUGGGCGAAGUUGUCCAAGCAGCCGGAAAGAGCAUGCAAGAGCUGAUCAAUGGCGAAGGAUUUGAUACGGUUGUAAGUGCCACCAAAUCCGUCUGUGGGUUUGAGCAGGACAAGCUAAACGCCCACACGGGGCUGCCCACAUACAAAACUCCUUCAAAGGCCAUGCGGAUUGGAGGCGAACUACGACAGCUGGCUGCUCUCAAGAAGGGCAUUGCGCUGAUCAAGAAAGAAGAAAGCGAAGUGAAAGAUGCUGAGGCGUUCUUGUAUCACGUGGACCAAUUCUGGAAUGUGAAGAUCAGCAGCGUAGCGCUGAAGAACCGCGAGUCGAACAAGUAUGACAAGAAAGACAUGCUGCCCUUUACCAGCGAUUUGAAGCUUUUCACCGAAAAAAUGAAGGAACGAGUGAAAGAAAUGACAGAAAAGGGAAUACAUGGCAUGACAGACUAUGCAAGGCUGAGCAAAGCGGUUCUCGCCCGUUUGCUAGUAUUCAACAAACGCCGUCCUAAGGAGCUUAGCAGCAUCCUGCUGCAAUCAUGGAUCAACCGAGAGAUGUACAAACAAGAGACGGUAGAAGAAGUGAACAAGUCAAUGGGUGAAACAGAAAAGAAGUUGUUCAACGAGCUCGACGUCGUCAUGUCCCGCGGCAAGUGCGGGAACAAGGUCCCCACCCUGAUACCGAGCGACUGCGCGGCUCCGCUGCAGCUACUGGUAGACAACCGGGAGACGUACAUUGACAAGGAUAACAAGUAUCUGUUCGCAAACCCUCUGGCGAGGACUACAGGACACUACAACGCAGGCGUGGUGCUUAAAGAGCAGUUGUCGGACAUGGCACUAAACAGGGCAGAUCUCUUCCAUGCAACAAAACUACGGAAAUAUUGUGCUACAACGUCCCAGAUUCUAGAGAUGGGUGAAUUCGAUAUGGAGGUGCUCACCCGGCACAUGGGACAUGACAAAGACGUGCAUCGUGGUUACUACAGACUGUCAGACGCUACUCACGAACUGACGCGUGCCUCCAUCCUGAUGAUGAAGCUGGACGAAGGAUGCCUCUCAAAAUAUAGCGGACGGAGCCUGGAGGAGAUGCUCACUGAAGAGGACUUCGACGAGCCAGGCUCUGAAAAUGAGGGCGGUCCGGCUGAUGAUCGCCAAGAGGACGAUGAAGGAGGCCAUGAACAGCGGAAGAAGGACCGCAAAAAAAGUAAGUGAAAGGUUUGGCGCCUUACAUCGCCUGCAUCAGCUUUACGUGUUGCAUUAUUUUCAUAAACGUAUUGAAAUUUCCUGCAUUAAAUACCCUCUUUGUUAAAUUUGUAUACCUUUUUAUAUGCAAAGAAACAAUAAAUGUUGAUGGUUUGCCCCUCCCGAUUUUUUAGACUCGCUAGUAGAGGCACCUAUGUAUCUUGCGGCAAUGGCUAACAAACAAAGAAAACGGCAGACAAGGAAGCAUGAAGCACCAAGUCCAACACAUUCUGCCGUCCAAAGUCAAAACCCCACAUGUCAAUUUUGGGUCAUUUUUCGUUUUUUACACCAUUGUGACCAGCUUGCAAAGCUCUAUUUCAUGCCAUGAGGAUUUUUUUCAAAAACCAAAAAAAGCUUUUUGGGAGAGGAAAAACAAAUUUUGGAAUUCACACGUCUUUGAAAAGCACGGAAGUGACACAGUCAAAACCCACUACGUCGGCGAAAACCCACACGUCAUGGCUAACCUAUGUGCCAGUGACAAAAUCCACGUCGGUAAACCCAUAGACGUUCUUGCAGAUUAUGAAAUGCUUGCAACGUCAAAACCCAAUACGUCGCUACACUACACAAGGACGACGUGAGGGCUUUUGACAUGUGGUUAUAUGCUGUCUGCAUUGAGUUUAUCCUGUUCGGUCGCGAGGACGUAUGGGUUUUUGCCGUCUUUGAAGCAUCUUUAAAGCCGUAUCAAUGGACAUCAGUAUCAAAUGGACGAUUUGAGAUACGGAGAGUGGCACGACAUGCCUAUAGCAAGUCUCACGGUGUUGCCGAAUUCCGAAAUGACAGCAGGGGACGAGUUUUGCUGAAGUGGAAAGGAUGACGUCACUCAGUUGCUGGAGAGCUGAGGGCUGUUCACGGGCCCUGUGUGCGGUCGGACCGCACACAGCCUCCAAGCUCCGCCCACUGCGUCCCUACGUCAGCCUUCCGUCACCGCACACAGCGACCGCUGUGGC